AUGGCCAACGAGGAAAAAAUGGUUCUCACAGAUGGCGAAAUGCGCAUCCUCAAGGCCAUCUUUGCCAACCUAAACUCCAAGCCCGACGUUGACUGGGACACGGCCGCCGUCGACGCCUCGCUCGGCAACGCCAAGUCCAUCAAGGAGCGUUACCGCCAAAUGUGCGUCCGCCUCGGCUGGAACAAGCCACGCCCUAGCGGUGGCGGCAGUGCUCCAGUUACCCCGAUAAAAACGAAGAAGACGGCCAGUCCGUGCAAGGUUGUAAAGAGAAGCGGUGGAGGUCGGAAGAGGAAGCAGCCAGAGGAGGAGGAGGAGGAGGAAGCGGAGGAGGAGGAGUAG